CUUGUAUUGUCGGAAUCCAUCGUGGCCCGACGCGCAGCGACCAUAAGCAGCCAGAGCCCGGACCUUCGGCAGCGCGGGAUCGCUUCGCCCUCCGUGAACGACGAGACCGCGGUAGAGAUCGACAUCCAUCCGACCGAGAACCAGCAGCUCCUGCGCAACCGCAUGAACAUGACUUCGCUCCUGCCAAAGUCAUCGGACAGCAUUGCGUACUCGUCGCUGGGCAUGGACGAGAUGACACCGACGGCGCCGCUGCCCAAGACGCCGUCGCAGCGCAACGUGUUGCCGCCGGCGCACGGCGUCUCGCUCGCGGACCUCCUCACGCACGUGACGCGGCCCAUGGAGCGGGUCGCGUUCGAAGUCAAGGGCGCGCUCCUCGCGACCGGGUUCGCCGCGACGUGCUAUUUAUUGAACUGGUUCAAAGUCGUGCUCAUCCCGUUCUUCCUCGCGAUCUUCCUCAUGUACCUCGUGGACCCGCUCGUCGAAAUGAUUGACGUGUCGCCCAAGUACUUUUGCUGCGUGUGCACCUCGCGCGGUCGCCACGCCCGGCGACGCUCGCGCGGCUGCUCGCGCGCCUUCUCAUCGCUCUGCGCGGUCUCGGUCGUCUGUCUCUUCUUCUUCCUUCUUGGCUAUAUUGCCGUGCUCUCGAUCCACGCGCUGGAAGUCACCAAGUACCAGGAAGGCUACACGGCCUUUGUCCAGCACGUUGAAGUGCUCUCGCAGCAAGUCGGUGUGCCCAUGAACAUCACCACCACCUUGCACGACAACGUCGACAAGCUCGCGCGGCUCGUGCUCACCGAAGUCAUGGACCUCCUCUCGACGCUCUUUGUGACCAUGAUCUACCUCACGUACUUUCUCUGCACGCGCACGCGCGCCUCGGACGCCGGCGGCGUGUGGUCCAAGAUCGACAAUGAUAUUCAGCGUUUUGUGACGCUCAAGUGCUACCUCUCGCUCUUUGUCGCGCUGCUCGUGACGAUCGUGUACGUCUCGCUCAACGUCGGCCUGGCCAUUUUCUGGGGCAUCCUCACGUUCAUUCUCAAUUGGAUCCCGAACGUCGGCGCGAUGAUUGCCUCGUUCCUGCCGCUGUGCAUCAUCAUGAUCUCGCCGGAAGGGCCGAACGGGCUCAUGUCGCCCAUGGACAAGUUCCUCGCGAUGGUCCUCCCCAUGUGUUUUCACAUGUUUGUCGGUAACUUUAUCGAACCCAAAGUCUUUGGCCGGAAGCUCGAGAUGGACCCGGUCGUCGUCAUCAUCUCCCUCUCGGCGUGGGGACUCCUCUGGGGCGUCGUCGGCAUGAUGCUCUCGGUGCCGCUGACGGCGGCGUUCAAGAUCAUGUGCUCGCACCUCAAGCUCUGGCCCGAGCUCGUCGCGCUCAUGGACGGGACGUACUUUGUGCGAAGCGCCGAGCAAAAAAAGAAGGAAGAAAAAACGUACAAGGCCCGGGAAUUUACCGGCGACGACGACGGCGAAGUCAUGUAGAUUGUUCGAACCUGUUUA